AUGAAGAUUACCAAUAUCUUCUGCUCCCUGAUGGGAGUCGGUGUCCUGACCACUCAGGCCGCCGUCAUCGACAUCCACAAGUCCGGUGUUGACCUCGUCAGCCCUCUCAAGGGCGUCAGCUUCCAACGCAUUGCAGCCCACCGUGAGCCUACUCCCGAUGACGUUGUCGGCCGAACCCAGCCUCUCAAGGCCAUCCGCAGCAAGAUCGCUGGCCACAACGCCGCUACUGCCCUUCAGGCCGCCCAGCCUCGUGACCUCUCCAGCGCCUACCAGAACAUCACUGCUCUCACUCCUUGGGGCACUCAGUUCGCUAUCGAGGUUGUUUGGGAUGGCAAGCCCAUCAACAUGCUCUUCGAUACUGGUAGCAGUGACACCUGGGCUGCCAGCUCCAACCUCUCCUGCGUCAGCGCCAUGGGCACAGUGGCCUACCCUCAAGAGGCUUGCGGCUUCGGUCCUGACCUCAUUGAUGAAUUCAAGUACGGCCCUAUCGAAGACAUCCACUUCCUCUUGAGCUACGGCUCCGGCGAGAAGGUGUCUGGCCCCAUGGGCUACAGCGACAUCGAGGUUGCCGGCAUUGUCGUUCGUCAGCAGCAAGUUGGUCUUGCCAAUCAGACUCACUGGUACGGCAACAACUACACCAACGGCAUCAUCGGCAUGGCCUACCCCUCCAUCACCAGCGCCUUCACUGGCGAUAUCGAAGAGAAGCGUCCCGCCUUCCAGGUCCCGUAUCAGCCCUUGUUCACCAGCAUGGUCCAGCAAGGUCUGUCCGCCGACGCCUUCAGCGUUUCCCUCGUUCGCAACUCCUCGGGUGUGAUUGCUUGGGGUGGCCGCACUGGCUUGCCAAUCUCGGGUCCCACGGCCUACACCGACCUCAUCAUUACUCAAAUCAACACGGAGCGAGCGGAGUCGUCCUGGCAGUACUCGUACUACACCAUCAUCGUUGAUGGAAUCAGCUGGGGGUCCACGACAGACAACAGGAAGUUCCCCUUCAUCGUCGAUACUGGCACUACCAUGAUGUACCUCCCGCCGCCCAUCGCCCAAGCCAUCGCCGACUCCUUUUCUCCUAGCGGCAUCUACAUGUUCCAGUACGGCUCGUACUUUGCCCCUUGCGAUGCCGUCGCUCCCCGUGUCGCCAUCGUCAUCGAGGGUGCAAGCUUCUGGAUCAACCCGGUCGAUCUCAUCUUCCGCAACUUCAAGGAUGACCUCACCGGAUACUGCCAGCUCGGCUUCUCCACCGGAAAGGCUGGACCCUAUGUUCUGGGUUCUACCUUCCUUCACAACGUCGAGGCCUACUUCGAUGUUGGCGCUGGCCAGAUGCGCUUCUACGGCCGCGAGACUUACGGUGUUACACCCCAGGUCACGGCGAACCCGAAGAGGCCCGAGUAG